AUGGAUAUGUCAGAUAGUAUGACCAUGGGUGGUGCACCAACAGAUGGCACAGCAUUGAAUGCUACUGGCUUUGACCUUUUGAAUAUGACGCAGGCUGCUGACUUUUUGGGAGAGAUAUUGGAUGAUUCUGUUUUUCAAAUAGAUGGAAAUGCUGCUGCGAGGCAUUUCCGGUAUGGAGUCUGUGCAAUUGAGAGCUGCUGCAUCAAACAGAUCCCGGCGUCACCAUCCAACAUUUUCACAACAUCCCUAGCUACUGUUACAGCAAUUGGUCGUGAAGUAUCUUACCCCCAAUUUAUGUCACAGAAUGUAAUAGGCGCAAAGUUCUUCAAGUUUCCUCCUUUGGGAACGAUUAUCCUCUUGGUGGCAUAUCUAGUGUGGGUAAUCAUCCUUGAGUUCGCCAACAAUAACAUUCCCGGAGCACAACAUUUCACAUCACUGGGUGUUCGUGCAUCCUGGUUGGCUGUUGCCCAGCCCCCCCCCCUAUUAAUACUACUCGCUGGAAAGAAUAGUCCAAUCGGGCUUGUCAGUGGCGUCUCUUACGAGCGAUUGAAUGUUAUUCAUCGAUGGAGCUCAAGGGUUCUUCUGUUUCUUGUCACCCUUCAUGUGAUCUUCCUUCACUUGUCUUGGAACGCAUACGACCUAGGACCUUUGGAAUAUUCUACCGAUUCAUGUAUUCCAACUGGUUGGGGAGCAUACGCCGUUCUAAUAUGGAUGAACAUCAGUGCUUUUGCGCCGAUUAGGAACUUCUCUUAUGAGUUCUUUGUGAUUCAGCACAUCAUCACCUUCUUCGGAUUUAUCAUUGCCGUUAUGAUGCAUCUUCCCGACACUGCUCUAUACUCUCGAGUAUACAUCUAUAUCCCGAUUGCGCUGUAUUUAAUCGAUAGAAUAAUACGUACAGGAAGAUAUGCUUGGAAUAACGUUCGUACUCCCACAGCAACAUUGACAGCUUUAGAUGGUGGCGUUACUCGGGUUUACAUCGAGAGCAAAGCUAUCAAAAAGUGGACUCCUGGCUCUCAUGUUCUUCUAUCAAUACCCGAGCUUGGACUUUUACAAUCGCAUCCUGCAACAAUUGCUUCGACGCCCUCAUCACAUGAUGGCAAGCUGAUCUUCUUACUUAAAGGCCAUCGGGGAUUUACAGGUCGUCUGUUGAACGCAGCAGAGACUUCACCAGCAGUGAAAUCGCCCUGGAAAGCCCUUAUCGAUGGACCAUAUGGCCAUACUGCCGACUAUGCUGCGUUCGACACCGUUCUUCUUAUCUCAGGCUCAACUGGUACAACUUAUACCCUUCCAAUCCUGUUAGACAUUGCAUCUCGUGCACAAACCGCCCAACUCCCGGUUCAGCGCAUUGUCUUCGUCUGGAUCAUCAAAAAUACCUCCUGGACUUCCUGGAUUGCAGAAGAACUUAGCUCGGCGGCCGAAAAGCUCGACGCCGUUGGAAUCGAACUUACAAUCCGGAUCCACGUAACCUGCGAUAAUAACUUCACAACCGGAUACAACAAUACCGAAGUCAAUUUCUGUGCUUGCGACAGAAGUCUUAGUCCUUGUUGCUGCAUAGUUGUUGAAUCUGAUUCUGAUGGCGAGGAGAUUGCAUCUAUUGAUGAGAAAGGCACGAAAGUCAUCUCAAAGCUAAAAGUCACCAGCGCAUCGAGCAUUACUUCGGGGACUCGAUCAUCAAUUUUACCCUGUGCAGUGUUCCAAAGCGGAAGACCUGAUUUUUAUCCUCUUUUAGGCGAGCUCUUGGAGAAAGCCGAGGGAGAAACGGGGAAUGCUGUUUGUGGACCGCUUGGGUUGAGUAGUAGUGUGAGGACUACGGUGGCGAGAUGUAGUAAUGAUAGGGCUGUUCAUAAGAGGACUGGGGCCCAGGGUAUAUAUUUGCAUGCUGAAGCCUUUGGAUGGUAG